GCUGGGGAGGGGUCUGUUCCGGAAACCCCCGCCGGCCGGGAUGCCCCAGGAAGUUUGGCCUUCGGGGAGCCCCCGCCCCCUUGGCCGGUCCGGGUCUGGAAGCCGUGGUCGGGGGGCUGGGGGGCUGGGGGGCCGGGGUCGCCGGGCUGCGUGCUCGGCGCUGGCGGGCUGGCCGGGUUCCGGGCCGUCACUGUGACCUGGCCGAGCGCGAGCCGAACGCGCGGCCCUGCCAUUGUUCUCCGGGUUCAUCUUCCCAGGAGGCCCGUCCGCGGAGCUUCGUUUGUUUUUGUUUCCCUUUCUUUUCCGGCGGAGCCUGUAAGAGCUCCCCCUGUCCCCCCCGCCAUCUCCCCGGGAGCUCGCGGAGGGCGCUCCAGGCACACACUGUCCUCCAAAGGGGGAGGGACGGACGCAAGUGAGACCCCAUAACCGCCUGGGCUGCACACGCUGGGCCCCGCUUCUCCGUCGUCAGGUUUCUCAGCCGCGCCCGGAACCCGCCGGAUCCCCCUCCAUCCCCGCGAGCAUCUGUUUAGAGUUGAGCUUUGCCCCCCAGGGUGAGAGGCCUUUGACAGCAGCAGAAUAAAACGCCUGGCGUGUCACCAGGUCACGUCGGUCACCAGAUAAACCUUACGGAAGCGGGCAGCGGGUCGCCAUGGCCUCGCCAGCGGCUCAGCAGCUGGAGGAGGACGACGGCCUGAGGGGCUGCGAGCUCUACGUGCAGAAGCACGGCGCCCAGCAGGUGCUCAAGGACUGCAUCGUGCAGCUCUGCAUCUCCAAGCCCGAGCGCCCCAUGAGGUUCCUCCGGGAGCACUUCGAGAAGCUGGAGAAGGAAGAAAACCGACAGAUCCUGGCGCAGCAGAAGUCAGCCUCCCAGUCGGACUCGCACGAUGAGGAAGUGUCCCCGUUGCCGCCCAACCCGGUGGUGCAAGCCCGGCACCGGCGUGGGGGAGUGAGCGCCGAGGUGUACACAGAGGAGGAUGCCGUGUCCUACGUGCGGAAGAUUUCCAAAAAUUGUGACAUGCAGCUAGCAUUUCAAGAUUUCUGUCUACCCUCACUGGUCAUCCCCAAGGACUACAAGACUAUGACGGCACUGGCCAAAGCCAUCUCCAAGAACGUGCUCUUCGCUCACCUGGACGACAACGAGAGAAGCGACAUAUUCGAUGCCAUGUUCCCCGUCAUGCACAUCGCUGGGGAGACCGUCAUACAGCAAGGGGACGAAGGGGAUAACUUCUACGUAAUCGACCAAGGGGAAGUGGACGUGUAUGUGAGCGGAGAGUGGGUGACCAGCAUCAGUGAAGGCGGCAGCUUCGGGGAGCUGGCCCUCAUCUACGGCACCCCCAGGGCGGCGACUGUGAAGGCCAAGACGGACCUCAAGCUCUGGGGCAUCGACCGGGACAGCUACCGGCGCAUCCUCAUGGGCAGCACGCUGAGGAAGCGCAGGAUGUACGAGGAGUUUCUCAGCAAGGUCUCCAUCCUGGAGUCCCUGGAGAAGUGGGAGCGUCUGACUGUGGCUGACGCACUGGAGCCCGUCCAGUUUGAGGACGGAGAGAAGAUCGUGGUCCAGGGGGAGCCUGGGGACGACUUCUUCAUCAUCACAGAGGGCACAGCCUCCGUCCUCCAGCGCCGGUCCCCCGGUGAGGAGUAUGUGGAGGUGGGGCGCCUCGGGCCCUCCGACUACUUCGGGGAGAUCGCGCUGCUGCUGAACCGGCCCCGGGCGGCCACCGUGGUGGCCCGGGGGCCCCUCAAGUGCGUGAAGCUGGACCGGCCCCGCUUCGAGCGCGUGCUGGGCCCCUGCUCCGAGAUCCUCAAGAGGAACAUCCAGCGCUACAACAGCUUCAUCUCCCUCACCGUCUGAGCCGCGCUCCUGCUGCUGUGCGCGCGCACGUCCGGUCGAGGCUGGCAGCUGGCACCGCCCCUCCCUCGGGCUCACGCCUCCAGAGGUGGCGGCCCCCUCCCCGUCUCCCUUCCCCGUCUCCCACUGGCUCCUCUUAAGGGACCCGCCUUCCUCCCCACGUCUUCUGGGGUGAGGGGCCAGCUCUGGGAGGCUCUCCUCUCCUAGCAGGCUGGGCAGCUCCCGGUGGCCGACCCCUGUGAUGCGAAGCCACCCGGUCUGUGGCCAGGGUGUGGGGCGAUGACGUCCCAGGGGGUUCCCACAGGCACUCCUGGGCUUGGAGUGAGAAGCUGAGGCUGAAGAGAGAGAGGGUCCAGCCCCUCCCUCAAAUGCCCGCCCCCACAGAGGGUCCUCCCAAGAUGCCAGGGGUGGGAAGGCUCUGGCGGCUUAAGCUAGCUCCAGCCUCAGAGGGGGGUGGCCCCCCGGAGCCCACGGCAUGUUUAGGGGAGUGGGCGUGACCCUCCCCUCUCCUGGAAAGCUGGGCGCACUGACCAGUUUGCCUGACCGUCAGAGGCAGGGGUCAUCCUCAUUGGGCUGAGACGCCCAGGAGAGGAAGGGCACACCAUGUGAGCCUGGGGCUUUCCGAGGUGUGGUGAGCGCUGCUCUCGGGGCCGGGGGAGGCCCCACUGCCUUCCACGUCUUCGCAAAGCAGCUUCUUGGAGACUUGGGAGGAAGUGGAGGGAUUUUCUAAAACACUUUCUGGAUGAAGUUGUCAGGAACAGAGUCCCCUGUGAGUCAUUCUCCAGCAGACAAGCCUCCCGUUAACCAGGAGUCUCGCCCUGGUGGGAAAGCCCGUUAUCCGAGCCUCUCCCCUCCCCAUGUAGGAAGAAUGUGAGUCAGACCAGCCCUGGGCCCACACACCUAAGUCAUCAGUCAAUCCAUUCCCCCUCGGAAGUGUCGUCAGGCCAACUCUCACGUGAGCUGGAGGGGCCUGGGGCCCGUGCCCCAUGGGACUCCUGGUGACCUGAAGGACAAACGAAAGAGUGCAGUUACCCCGAUUUGCUGCUGCCCGUGCAGCCCGGGGGGGCUGCCUAGUCCGGGGUGACCCCUGCCGUUGCCUGUGGGUGUUUCUGUGGUGUGUAAGCCCUGCCCUCUUUAUUGUGAUGUUCUGAAUGCUGCAUGUGCUAUUAAAUGUGCAAUGACGUACAUCUUCCUGACUCCAUGUUUUGGUCUGAAAUCUUUCAUAGAAGAUUUCAUUCCUUUUGUUUU